AUGCCGAUGAAACAGCACUUCAAGCCCUACUCGCACGACGUCCAUCUUGUUUCCAGCGAUGGGAAACCGUUCCCGACCACCCUCCACGGUGUCCGCGCCAUGGGGACGCUCGUCGAAAUGGCGAAGCGGGGCUACGAUUCCGACGAUCGCAUCAUCAUCAAGUUUCCAUUCGAUGCACAGAUGCUCCGUAUCCUGUUGUCGCUCGGCAAAAAGAAGGGGCAGCGGAAGGAGACGCUGCUCGCCCUCUGCUCAUUCACCGACCAAGGCGUCUACGAGGCGCUCGUCCUCCUCGUCAGGCACAACAUUAGCCAGACGUGGCGCAACAUGAUCCUCGACGCGUUCUUCACGCGCUGCACCGACGAAAGUGCCGUCUUCUUCUGGCGCGUCGCCCGCCAAUUUGGCUAUGGUGAUGGCGAAAUUAAGACAUUCCGCCGCCUCCUCUACACAAUCGUCGGACUCGUGCAGGCCAACAACAUCCACGCCGAGUACACGAGGAUGACACGCGAAGAGCUGACGUUGAUUGUCAAGGAUGAACGAUUGAAUGUGCUCGAGGAUGAGGCUAAUGUGAUCGAUCUGAUCGACGCGUGGCUGGGCGGCGACCUCGAAGCCCGCCUGCAAUUCCGUGAUGAACUGCUCGGCUAUGUGCGCCGGAAGGGAGCCAACCGCGAUCGCCUCAAGACUAUGCUCGGCCACAUCCAAUACACCCUCGAUCUGCGCUCCCCGCCCCGCCCGAAACGUGAUCGUCUCCUGUAUGUCGGCGGCAACAGCGCCUCCGGCCAAAAGAUUCUCCUGGGCGAAACGCAAAACGCGGAGACCGAGUGGCUGGUCUCGGAUCUUCCGCCACUGCCGCUGACGCAAGCGGUGUCCCUCGUCAUCGGGCAGACAAUCUUCUUGAUUGGCGGCUGCUACCACACGUGUCCGAGCAGUGCCGUGUAUUCCCUCGAUCUUCUUGAUGACCGACAGCGUGGUGGAUGGAAGGAGCGUUCUUGUCUCAACCAGCGCAGAUUCCGCCACGGUGCUUGCGUCUACAAUGGAAUGAUCUAUGCGGCCGGCGGAUGCGAGAAGGUCAUCCAGCGAACCACGGCGCCGCUGCGCAGCCUCGAGAGGUACGACCCGGAGACGAAUCGAUGGAUGGUGCUCCCUUCGAUGCGCUAUGCUCGUUGCGACUUUUCGAUGGCGGCCGGCCACGCGCGGAUCUAUGUCGUCGGCGGUCGAGGCCACAUUCGCCCCGAUGAACCUAUCAUCACCCUGGACAGCAUCGAAGUGUUCUGUCCGGAGGCGAACAUCUGGAUGGAGGCUGGAGUGUUGCCGGAACCUCUGCGAAAUACGGCCAUCUGGUCCGACGUCAACGGGAUGCUGGUCGCCGGCGGGUUCAACGCGAAUCGCGACCUCUCCAACAAGGUCUACUUCUGGAAUGGCAACGGCUUCUCGUGGCAAAACCACUCGACCAUCGAAGUGGCUAGGGCCUCCGCUUCAAUGAUCCGCUUCGAGGGUCAGUUGAUGCUCGUCGGCGGCUGCUUGUUGCCAUCCGGCGCCGGCUUGCCCCUCGUUGAAUCUUACAAUCCGACGACUCGCCAAUGGUCCCACAUGCCACCGCUUCUCGGACCCCGAAGCCAAGGCCAAUUGCUCAUCGUCCCUGACAGCACCGAUCUCAUUUUGCCCACUGCCGAAAGUGACGGCGACAACACGGUGACCAGCGAGGAGGACCACGAGAUGGAGCCCGAAUUCCACGCC